GUGUUCAGCCGCUGUGUGGUUGGACCGGGCAUCCGGUGCAGCUGUGGAGCGGGGAUGAUGAAGUCGGUGAUGAUGGUGAUAAUGAAUGGUCCAGCAGCUCGACCAGGCACCAGGGUCUUGCCACCAAUCUGUUUACUACUGUGCGCUCUCAUCUUUCUCCCGAUAUGCGCUCACUCGCACCCGCAGCCGUGCCAAGUGCUGAAACGAAUCGGCCACACGGUUCGGAUAGGGGCUCUGCACGUUCAGCCUCGCUUGCUCUCCGCUAGUGCUGUCAGCGGCUCUGAGGACUGGGACAACGAGAGAGAGUUGACUGAAGAGCAGCAGUUGGAGUUGGAAAGACGGAUUAAAACAAGUGCCAGUGCGCCUGGAUAUGGAAGCCUUAGGACUAGAGCGUCCGUUAAUAGUCAGCGGGGCGCAAACAGGAGUAAAAGCCAGGCACGCCAACGGGAGGAGAACACCUCGAGGGAAAAUCGCGUGUUCGCACCCCGAGACUCGGUUCUGAUCGCGGUCGAGGCUCUGAACCGGGCUGGGUUACUACCCUACAAUUUAUCCUUGGAGAUUGUCAUGGCAGUUGGAUCCACACUCGGAGAGCUUCCCGCGUUCUCCUUUUCCUCUACGGGCAACCCCGAGAACGAGGACCCGCUGUCCUUCGUGGAGAGCGUGUGUCACACUGUGGUCGUGCAGGGGGUUUCUGCCAUGAUCGCCUUUCCACGGAACCGGGACGAGUUCGUCAAGUUGGAAUUCGUCUCACUUGCGCUUCAGGUACCUGUAGUCAGCGUUGUGCAGAGGGAGUUCUCGCGCCACAGUAAGAAUCCUCUACAUUUCCAAAUGGCAAUGCGAACUGUGGAGGCCCCACAAUCCCAGCUGCUCUACACCCUACUGAUGAUGAAUGGUUGGUGGGACAUCAGCAUUCUACUCUGCCAGGUGAAUAUUAGUGACUUCCUCUUCCUCAUCAAGAACAAUACCCGCUUCCACCUGGGCACUCUUGUCAACCUGACAGCUACUGCCUUAACCUCGUCAGUAUCUUCAUCUGCGUUAUCAACUUCAGUGGUGGCGUCAGAUAUCGCAACCGGAGCAAAGGUUUCAUCCUCCUUACCCUAUUUUUCCUCCGCUGCUUCUUCUUCUUCUUCUUCCACUUCUAUUAAAACAGACCAGCAGCAAACUCUCCUGCAACAGCUGGAGGCCCUUAGAGAACAUUCAUCCACAACAGGAUUGGUGAUGUUUGGGUGUGACAUUCGUGAAGUGCGCCGUUUGUGGACGCUGGUCACACGGAUGACACUUCCAGAGUUUCACUGGGUCUUGGGGGACAGCCAGAAUGUGGCUGAGCUGAGAACAGAAGGGUUACCCCUGGGACUACUGGCCCAUGGGGUUAUGGGAUCCCCUUCUCUGGAUCACUACGUCCAUGACUCAUUAGAACUGGUGGCACGUGCAGUGGGCAGUGCAGCACAGGAUAAUCCUGCCUUGGCACUCAUACCGGGGACUACCAACUGUAUGGAUAAACAACAGAGCAAUGGCAGCUCAGGAGAAUACUUGGCAAGAUUUGUAGCCAACACAUCAUUUGAGGGCCAGAGCGGUUUUAUAUCCAGCGACAGUCAGAGCCAGAAUGUCAUCUCAGAGACCCAUCACUACAUCUGGUCUCUCCAGCUGGAUCCUUUAGGCCAGCCAACCUGGACCCGCCUGGGACGCUGGCGCAGGGGGAGAGUUCUCAUGGACCCAGCAGCCUGGCCAAACCAUCCAGGUUCUGGAGGAGGAGGCGAUUGGCGCCGACCACCACGGUUGCACAUGCGAGUGGUGACACUGGUGGAGCACCCAUUUGUAUUUACCCGUGAGGUGGAUUCGGACGGGUUAUGUCCUGCCGGGCAGCUGUGCCUGGACCCACUUACCAAUGAAUCUUCGGUUUUGGAAGGACUUUUCCAGAACCUCAGAGGAACCAACGGAUCGGUUCCCACAAACCUGAAGAAAUGCUGCUAUGGUUACUGCAUUGAUCUACUGGAGAAGCUGGGGGAGGACAUGGGUUUUACUUUUGAUCUCUACAUUGUUGGCGAUGGGAAAUAUGGGGGGUUUAAGAAUGGUCGUUGGACAGGAUUGGUGGGUGAUCUUCUCAGUGGCGCUGCCCACCUGGCAGUAACAUCUUUUAGCAUUAAUUCAGCCAGAAGCCAGGUGAUUGACUUCACCUCACCUUUCUUCUCCACCAGCCUGGGAAUCCUGGUGCGUACUCGUGAUACAGCCGCACCCAUCGGUGCCUUCAUGUGGCCUCUACACUGGUCUAUGUGGCUCGGCAUCUUUGUCUCCCUCCAUGUCACUGCCAUCUUCCUCACCCUGUAUGAGUGGCACAGCCCGUUUGGUAUGACGCCACGUGGACGCAACCGCGACAGAGUAUUCUCCUUCUCCUCAGCACUUAACGUGUGCUAUGCCAUUCUCUUUGGAAGAACAGUGGCCAUCAAGCCACCAAAGUGUUGGACUGGGCGCCUGCUGAUGAACCUUUGGGCCAUCUUCUGUCUGUUCUGUCUGUCCACCUACACUGCUAACCUGGCCGCUGUAAUGGUUGGGGAGAAAACCUAUGAGCAACUGUCAGGGAUCCAUGAUCCAAAGUUGCACCAUCCCUCUCAGGGAUUCCGAUUUGCUACAGUUAGAGAAAGUAGUGCAGAGGACUACGUCAAGAAGAGUUUCCCCGAGAUGCAUGAGUACAUGAGAAGAUACAAUGUCCCGGCAACACCAGAUGGCAUACAUCAUCUCAAGGCUGACCCUCAGAAACUGGAUGCAUUCAUCAUGGACAAAGCACUGUUGGACUAUGAGGUCUCCAUAGAUGCAGACUGUAAAACACUAACAGUAGGAAAACCUUUUGCAAUAGAAGGCUAUGGCAUUGGCCUUCCUCAGAACUCUCCACUCACUUCCAACAUCUCGGAGCUUAUUAGUCAGUACAAGUCAGAUGGCUUCAUGGACAUGCUGCAUGACAAAUGGUACAAGGUCGUUCCCUGCGGGAAGCGCAGUUUCGCUGUGACUGAGACGCUGCAGAUGGGUAUAAAGCAUUUUUCUGGUCUGUUUGUGAUGUUGUGUGUGGGCGUGGCUUUAUCUCUGCUGACCACCAUAGCAGAACACAUUGUAUACAAGCUGGUGAUCCCAAGGGUUAAGGAGCCACGCUUCAAAUACUGGCUCCACACAAGCCAGAGAUUACACCGGGCCCUUAACUCAGUCUUCACUGAUGACAAACUACCAACUGUUACAAAGCCCGAAAAGAGGUGCAAUGAGGGAAACAACCAGUCAGCAUCUUGGAAUCCUGCAGAGUCGUCCCACUGCAACAGGCGAAGGAUCCUUCCACAAGAGAUGCAGAAUGACCUGGAGCGGCCAUCCUCCCAGGAUCUUCCUUCUCCACCGCCCCCUUCUCCCCUCCCUCAUCCCCAUUCUCUCCCUCUGCUGGAGAAACCCCCGCCCAUAGUAACUACCUCUAAUGGUCGCUCCGACCUGUUAGGGAGGAGUUUGGACCAAGGACUGGGGCCAGGGCUGGGGGGUUCCGGGCAGUGUCGUGGUUUAGGAGUGGGUGAUUGUGGUCCAGGUCUGGGUGUGGGACGGAACCCGCUGGUUCAGGAACUGUCAGAACUGGAGAGUCAGAUCCUUGUAAUCAAGCAGCAGCUGCAGUCAGCAAUGAGAAGGAAGAGAGAGCUCGAACAGUACCAAUCAGAAAACCAGCAAGUAAACCAGACUGCACCCAGUCAGCCCACUUCACACCAAUCUAACCAGUUUGCUCAGUAUACCCAAACCCACCAGCAGACUAACCAACACAAAAACACAUGCCCAGAGUUCUGAAGUCAGUCUCUUUUUGUCCAGAAAAAACCUACACACAGGACUAGUUUUCAAAACCUCCUCCGGGUCCUGGAAUCGGAACCUCGCCUGAGUUCUGAAGUUAGAACCCUCACAGAUUUCCACUGGCAGGCUCUGGAGCUCCUCUAAACACUGGACUGAAAUGUUCUCCAGUGAUAGAUCCUGUUCUGUAACUCCAAGUAGGACAUUUUCUCACUUCUGGAAUGUGAGAUUAGAUUAGAUGAGAAGUGCUGGAUGAGGGUGAAACAGAGAUCUUGAACCAAAUCUGUUCCGUUGUAUCACUGAAGAGCUGUACAACACCCCCCCGCCCCCCUCAGCCUCCCUUCUACUACCAUUUUCUGUAACUCCUUUUCAUGCCUAUCUGGUUCUUUUACAUUUAUUUCCUGUUUAUUUCUUCCUUUUUUCCCUGUCAGGCCUUCCCUCCAAACCUCAUUUUUCCAAGGGUACAGAUUUGCUUGCUAUGACGUUAAGCCUGAUCACAGAUAUGAGGACUCUUUGGUAUUUAAGCUUAAUAGACCAAUUUACCUGAGUCUUCUAAGACUCACUGAGAGUGUAAAAUGACCUGAGGUUGAACCCAGCCAUUUAAGUCUUUAUGUUCCUGUGUCUUACUGAAACCUUGUAUCUCUCAGCUAUUACUGCUGACAUUUCUUGCCUUUGGUAGUGCGUUUGUGUUGGUUAGGGGUGCUUUUUUUUUUUUUCUAAUAAGCCUUUGAAAGGGUUUGUGGAGUGGUUAGAA